AUGAGAACUGAAUGAUUGAGUAGAGAGAGAGUACAGGUGAAUAUACCUAAGUGUUGUACCCUCUAAGAGGUGGCCCUAUACAGUCUAUGCAAAUAUAGGAGAUACACAUAGGCACUUGAGAUGGUGCCAUGCGAGUUCCGCGGAGUUUCCAUAGCUCCUGUAUGUUCUGAUGCUCUGUUGUUCUUGUGGUGACAGGUUUCUCAGGAGAACCGUAUACGCCAGCAGUGACUGAUACGUGAAGAUUUCUUGUUCCUUUCCAGUGCCGUUGCUUGGGAAUGGCAGGGACCCCCCUUAGUUUCCUCCGUCGCGCACCAAUCAUAGUCGCUCAGCCGUUCCCACCUCCAAGCUCCCCUUGCGUUGGGUCACCUCCUCUGACCGAACCCAUAGCGGAUGUCCCUGAGUGUACACCCCCAUCUCCCGCUGCUCUACCGGUUUCCGCCUCUGGGGGUUCUCCUGCCCCAUCCCCAACUGCUGUGGGUUUGACGUCGUCUUCCGCGAAGCGGAAAGCGAGCAGCCUGCCGCAGAAGUGGCGGCAGCAGCAUCUCCCCUUCGCUCGGUCAACAGACAAAGCGCCUGUUGAGGAACCCGACGACGUCGCCGGCGACGAUGAUGACGAGGAUCACGAACCCACCGACCAAGAGAGUUCCAAAGAUCCACAGGCUGCUUUUGCAAAAGCGCACCGACGUUUUAAGUCUUCAUGGGAGAGUUUGUUCCCGUGGCUUGUCCUCGACCGUGCUGACGAUGGUUUCCCUCUAUUGCGCUGCAGCACUUGCCUCGAGCACGGAGUUUCAGGUGCGGACACCAAAUACGGAUUCAACGAGUUGGUCGAGGCCGCAUCGAAGUACCUACGAGAAGAGCAGCUGAAGAACAUCGCCAACAGCCCUUAUCUCGGCAUCGCUAUUGACGAGAGCACAGACCGUGUCAGAGGGAAGCAUCUGAUAGUAUACGUGACUUAUAUCAAGGAUGGCUAUGUGCGUACCGAGUUCCUGACGCUUCUCACCGUGCAAAAAUGUGAUGCAGCAAGCCUCACUGAAGUUCUGGAGACUUACAUGCGAUCGGUCGGCAUCAACAUGGAGAAGAUCGUCGGGAUAAGUACGGACGGCGCGUCUGUCAUGUUUCGAGAGGUGACAGUCGAAGGUGUCGACAAGGAAGACGCACCGACUGUGCAUACCUUCACGCUAAGCGAGGAGCCAUGGGAAGGUCAGAAAGGCAAGGGGGACUACCCGACCUGCGUGAAGCUGUGCAGGGAGUAUGCGGCGGAGGCAAAGGCACGACUGGAGCACAGGCUGGACGACCUGCAGGAUCUUAACGGCGCAAAGUUGUUUCGGCCGCUCGUAUACCCCGAGGACUGGGCAUCAUUGAUGAAGAAGGCCAGGGAGUGGUUGGCUCUGCUAGAUAAGCUUUUCCAUUUUAAGCUUCACGGAGUCAACUUCAAGACCUGCGUGUCAGAGCUGCAUCUCUUCCUCCACACGAUGAACACCAACCACGCGAAUCUCGGCUUUCACAAGUCCAUGAAGCUCAUGCUGGACAGCACGGAUUACGAGGGAGCAUACCCCAACAUAGUGCGGCUGUGGCAGGCGGUCGCCGUGCUGCCCCUCAGCACGGUUGAGUGCGAGAGGGGCUUCAGCCGCCAGAAUCGCAUCAAGUCGUGGACGCGCAGCUGCUUGGGCGAUGGGAAGCUCGAGGACCUUAUGACAGUGGCCCUCGUGCAGUGCGACAUGGAGUGGCUGAAGAUGGUUGAGAUUUUCCGAACAAUCAAGGACCGCCGCCCUGCUACCCAGUUUGACAUGACCGACUAAAAACACCGGGAGCAGAGGGUCUCCUCUCCAGCAGCAGUAGCAGCAGUAGUAGUGGCAUCACCAGCACCAGCAUCACCAGUAGUAGUAGCAGUAGCAGCAGCAGUAUUGGUGCAGGAUUAGUGCGCUAUGCUUUGCAAUGUCAACA